AUGUUGCCUUUUUUAAAGAAUUCAUUUUCUGUAUUUUCUAAGGCACGUUCCUCUGCUUUUGGAUUGAUUAAUCAAAAUGGAUCCCAAACUUUGAAUAAUGAAUUUUUACUACCUUCUUCUUAUGAUAUUUUUCAAGUCAGAGGUAGAAAACGUUGUUUAAAAGGAACUAUCUCACGUCAACAAAGAUUAGAAAAAAGGUUGAAACGUGAAGCUAAAGAAGCUGCUAGAAAACAAUAUAAUUUUAUGGAAAAAAUUCAAAUUAGAAGAAUGAAAUCUUUACUUUCACCAUCUGAACAACAUCCAGGACGUUAUAUUCCUGAAAAUGAAACUAGCCUUCCUGAUCACCCAACAACAAAUGUCUUUUUUAAUCAUCAAGUUAAAACACAAUUUUAUCCAAUUACUGAAGCAUUAAAAAUGCAUAGAGAACUCCAACAACCUGCAAUUUUUAAUAAUCCUAAAGGAUUUAUAAAAUUAAGAAUAGAAUUAAAUAUGACAACUAAGAAGAAGACAAAAAUGAUUGCUAAUAGUGAUCAUAUCAUACCUGUUCCUUAUCCAGUUGAAACGAAGGAGAAAAGGGCUAUCUUAGCGUUUGUGGCUGAUCCUCAAUUACAAGAAUUAGCUGUUGAAAGUGGAGCUGAAUUAGCUUUAGGACCAGAUGUUAUUAAAAAAAUAAUAAAAGGACAAUUUAGGAUUGAUGAUUAUGAUUUUUGUGUGGCACAUUCUGAUAUGGGAUCAUCAAUAUUACCAUUAAGAGGUAUUCUCAAAUCUAGACUUCCAACAAAAAACAAUGGAGCUUUUGGAGAAGAUUUACCUGAAAUGAUAGAUAAAUUUAAGAAGGGUGUAAGAAUGAAUGUUGUUGGUGAUCCUGUAUACCCACAAUGGGGUUUAUCUACUCCCGUCAUCGGAACAUUAAAUAUGACAGAUGAUGAAAUUUUAUGUAAUAUUAAGACAAUAAUACAGGCAUUAUGUAAUCUUCGUGACCCAAACUUAGGACCUUUUAUAAAUCGUGCUGUUAUGAUGGUUGGAAAAAAUCAAUUUUAUGUUCCUGUAGAUGUUAAUGAAUAUAUACCAGUAGAAAAAGAGGAAGAAAAAAAAUAA